CCACAACCUCUCCUUCUCCUCUCCUCUCAGAAUGUCUAGGAGCCUGAAGCAAGUGGCUGUGCUGCUUGUGGCACUUCUGUGUCUGGAUCCUCAUGGCCGCGUCGGAUCUGCACCUAUCUGUGCUCACGGGCCAUCAGGAUGCCACGUCCCGUCUCUGGCAGAUCUGUUCGACAGGGUCAUCCAGCACUCGGCCCGGAUGCACAGCCUCUCCAAUGACCUGCACUCAGAGUUUGAACAGUAUUUCCUGCCCAGCAAAAACCACAUUGGAAAGAUCUACCGCAAGUGUCACACCUCCAGCAUACUGACUCCAAAUGGCAAAGAGAAUGCACAGAAACUUGCUCGCGAGGAGUUGACGGAGGUGAUCCUCAAGCUGCUUCUGGCCUGGAGGGACCCUCUGUUUCAGCUUCACCAGAGUAUGGCCCACCAGCAGGACUUCAACAGCUUCAGCAGUAACAAGGCCCUGGAGAUGGGAGACAUGGCCCACGAGCUUAGGAAAGGCGUGGAGAAAGUGGCCGAAAAGAUGCGAGUGCUGGGGAUGCUUGGGAACUCAGUGACAGGUCUGUCUGCAGCAGAAGCCAUGCUUCCGAUUUCUGACAGCGGAGAAGCCAUGAGUGACUACGAUCUCCUCUACUGCUUUCGCCGCGACUCCAACAAAGUCCAGAACUAUCUAAAAAUCCUCAAGUGCAGGAUUGUACCCGAACAUGACUGUUAGGGGCAAACAAAAAAAAAACAUGGGCCUUUCACCUGCACUGAAGGACAGCACAAUGGACACACGCUGGUCCACAAGUCAUCAAAUCCCAGUAAAUAAACCUGACUUUUGCAUUGCUUCAUGUUCUAGUAAUUGUUGCUGUAAUUAUUAAAACAGAAGAGGGAGAAAUUCUGUUUCGCCUCUAAGAGGAAAUUCACAUACUUAUUCAUUCAUAUUUUUCUAAUUACCAUGUGCUUUCUAUUUAUAUUUCUGUGAGUUACAC